GGGAGGCUGGCAGUAGGACAGCACUGCCGGAUUGAGGAAGCUGACGACUGACAAGCCUGUGGGAAGACAAUGUAUAAAGCUGCUAAAUUUGUAGGUUGAUGCUCAGCUACUACUUUGGAUCUGUUCCUGUCGUCAGCUGAAGCUCAGUGCCCAGUCCACCCUGUGUGCAGAUAUGAAGUGCUGCAUCCUGGUCGCCUCUCUCUUGAUGAACGUGCACCUUGGCACAGCUUGGAAUGCCCAGUACGCAGUGGACUGCCCAGAACGCUGCGACAGCAAUGAGUGCAAGAGCACCAUAAGGUGCAAGCGGACCGUGCUGGACGACUGCGGCUGCUGCAGGGUCUGUGCUGCAGCCGCUGGGGAAACUUGCUACCGGACUGUGUCUGGCAUGGAUGGUGUUAAAUGUGGGCCUGGACUGAAAUGCCAUUUUUUGACAGAAGAGGAUGAUUUUGGAGAUGAGUUUGGAAUAUGCAGAGAAUGUCCAUAUGGCACCUACGGGAUGGACUGCAGAGGAACCUGCAACUGCCCGUCUGGAAUAUGUGAUCGCGUGACAGGAAAAUGCUUGAAAUUUCCUUUUUUCCAACUGACCGGAACCAGACCUGCAGACAAACGAAGACCCUCUUCAUCCUCUGAUCUUGAAAUGGCUUCGGGAGAUGGGCACAGCGUCAAGGAUAAGGAUAAAGGAUCUCGAUCAGGAAUAAAAUGGUUAAAUCCCCGCUGAUCACUACUUUAUAAUGGCGUAUAAGAAGGGCCGUGUGAACAUCGGACUAAGGGAGAACAUAACAAUACAGUGGGAUUUCUUGAAGACAAAGUGGACGCGUCAUUUAUUCGGCUCGCCACAUGACACCGAUAAUUUAUAGCCAUGGAGAGAUCCUGAUAGACUGUGGAAGAAUUGCAGAUGUACAUCUUUUGUUCUGUGAAGCAAAUAUCUGGUCAACCAUUUUUUUUUUGUAAAUGUGUAGUUAUAUAAACUUUUUAUUUUGGAUCAUUUUCAGUCAUCUGGUAUAUCUAAUGCGGUUUACAUGUGUAUUUAAAUAAAUGCUUUGUAGAAUAAA